GCGGGGCCGGAAGGGGGCAGCGAGGCGGCGCCAGCGGCUGCGGAGUUAUCUUGGCGGCGUAGCCGGGGUCCGGGUAGGGCCGGGCCGGGGCAGGCGGGGCGGGGCGUGCACCCGGCCGCGGGCGGCGGCGCGCCGGAUCAGUUGGCCUCAGGGCCCCGUCGCCCACGCGACCGCCCGCCGGCGCACGAGGAGGAGGCGGUGGCCUUUGAAGGAGGAGGGGAGCACCGCGCAGGAGGUGAGGUGGAGGUGGAGGAGCCAGAGAAGGCGGCGGCGGCGGCGGCGGCGGUGGAGGAAGCGAGCAGCCAGGAGGCGGAGGAUGGAGGAGCAGCCGAAGGAGGGCGAGGCCGAGGUCGCAGAGCACUGGUUCUCCAAGUGGGAACGCCAGUGCCUGGCCGAGGCCGAGCAGGAAGAGCAGCUGCCCCCCGAGCUGCAGGAGGAGGCGGCCACGGAGGCGGCGGGGCUCAAGAGCGAGCAGCAGAAGCUGUGGCAUCUCUUCCAGAUCACGGCCACCGCUGUGGCCCAGCUCUACAAGGAUUCCGGGUGCCAACAGCCAGGAUUCUCCAUGUGGGACCCCUUCCAGAAUGCGGCCAUGGCCGUGACCAGUCUCUACAAAGAGAGCGGGGAUGCCCAUCAACGAAGUUUUGACCUGGGCGUCCAGGUUGGCUACCAGCGUCGUAUCAAAGAUGUGCUGGAGUGGGUGAAAAAGGGCCGGAGCACCAUUCUCCGCGAAGACCUGAUUAGCUUUCUCUGUGGCAAAGUGCCGCCAGCUCCUCCACCACAGCGCACCCCCAGGACACCCCCGAAGCUGCCCACUGGGGCCCCCAGCCAGGCCGUGGCCACUGAAUCCACCUCAUCAGUGGACGUUGACCUGCAGCCCUUCCAUGAGGCCAUCGCCCUGCAUGGUCUUAGUGGCGCUAUGGCGAACAUCAGUGUGCGAUCUGGUCCACCUGGCUCCCCACCUCAUGCCAGCGGUGGUGCCAGCGGCGGGCGCCGGAAAAGUAGCUUCCUCGAGGAUGACUUGAACCCCUUCGACUCAGAAGAACUGGCCGUCCGCCCAGACAGUGGGGGGACCCGCAAGCGCACAUCAGCCCAGUGUGGUGAUGGCAUCACAGACUCGCCGAACCACAAGCGCAACCGAAUGGUCUAAACCGCCUCUUUGGUCACCGGCCGCCAAAUUGCUUAACAGCUAACUCGACCUUCAACACGCCGUGAAAAGGCUUCUCGAGGCCAUCCCUUUCUCCUCUAAGUUAAACAAAGAGUUCUAUCAUCUUUGCCAUGAAUUUAGAGACUUUAAAAGUAUUCCAGAAUGGGCCUCGUGUGACUCUUGACUUUCUCCAAAAUAUAAUCCCAGCAGAGAACAAGUGUCAUGUAGUAGUUAGCAAGAUCAUUUAAAGCAGAAGUAUCCGGUCAAGGCGGGAGCCUGGUUUAUCUUGUUCACAGUUAUAUUCCUAGCACCUCGCGCAGUCGCUGGUUCUCAAUAAAUGUUUGUUAAAUGAAUAAAUGUGACCUUAUUUAAAAUUCCUAAAGGGGAAGGACUAACAGGUGUUUACUAGGUUAUAGGAUAUUUUUGCCCGUUAUUGUUUUUUUGGUUGUUUCCUUUAACCAGUUUUUUGCCGGUCAGUUACCUUUUAUC